AUGCUGAAAAUCUAUAUCAUGGAAAAAAAUAUUAAAUUAUUAUUUUUUAAUAUUUCAGCGUUUAUAUUUUUAACAUGGUUAUUCCAUUUUAGCAUUGAUAAUAGCACGCUUAACAAAUUUUUAAAAGAUAACUCUAAUAAUGAUAGUAAAUUAGAUGGAAAACAUUAUCGAUUAUUAGUAAUACAUAAAGAAGAAAGUGAUUCAAAUAUACUAGGGUUAAAACAAGACAUGUCAAAUAAUAGAGUGAAAGAAAAAAAAUAUUUAUCUAAUAAUGAAGGUGAAACCCCAGAAAAAAAGAAGCAUUUAUAUAAAAGUUCAUCAAAGAGUAUAAAAGAUCAUAGGAAUGCUAUGAAAAAAGAAGCUAAUAUAUUUGAAACAAAAAAAUAUUCCUGUAUUGAAAAAAGAAUAUUUAAAGAACUUGAUUUUGAAGAUUUUCUUAAAAGAAACAAAAUGAUUAGUAAUAAGAUUUACAAAAAAAUAAUGUACAAAAAGCUAGCAUUGCGAAUUGCUUUACCUUUAUUAUUGUUCUUGUUGUUAUUAACUGUGCUCAUAACAGAUUUUACAUGGGGAUUAAUAACUAAAACAACAGGGCUGUGGGAUGUAUUAGGAUUAUCGGAAAUUCUAAAAGGUUGGGCAGAAUGUAGUGAGGGUUGUUGGUUGAAGACAAUGUUAGAAUGGUUAAAAAAUAAUUCAUCAUGGUUUUGGAAGCAUAAUUCAAUUUUUGGUGAAGUUACGCAUACAGGUUGUACUGCAACAGAUGUUAGUACAGGUUGCAUAUUAGGACAGUUAUUUGGUAUUAUAAUAUAUGUUAUACCUUUCAUUUUAUUAGCUAUCACAGUUAUAUCAGGAAUUAUCUAUUACCAUAAAAAAGUUAAAAAAUAUGAAAAAAUUAAAUUCAGGAAAAGAUAA